AUGGCAGAAGAAAUCCAACAAACGAAACCUAUGGACACCAAAGAAGUCAUGCCAACCCUGUCUACAUAUCUACCACGCAUACGUCGUGCAGUGGCUUCCUCGGCACUCAAAUCAUCGCAAGCGUCCUCAAACGCCAACAGUAUCGAUGCUGCGAAAGGGAGGACGACUCUGGUGAUGGGGAACUCCUCGGCGGAUCUAGACAGUUUCAUAUCUGCCGUGGUAUUGUCCUACUUUUACAAUUCACGCUCACCACGCAAGGGCGACGGGGCCAACGAAAACCAGACGAAUGACCGGUCAAAGUCCCGGAUAUUUGUUCCCAUCCUCAAUCUCCCAGGUGUCAGAGCGAACGAGCUAUGGCGCUUGAGACCCGAGUUCGGUGUUGCGCUGAGAUUGGCACUGGGCGAGACGCCGAGCAGGAUUGGCCGCGUGGAGGGCGGUAAUGAUGAGGACCACAAUGGUGGUGGUGGUGGUGAUGCCGGAGAGGAAGGCAAGACGGAGAUCCUCGAGGAUGUGAUUACUAUUGCGGACGUGUUAGCUGACCGGGAGUCGCCCUUGCAUGACGUUUUCGCGACGUCAAGUCACGCAGACACAAGGGCACCGGACGAGGGUGAAAAUAUGGGUCGCGUAGGUGAGCAUCAGAAGCAAGAAUUGUUCCUCGUGGACCACAAUGCUCCGUCGAUUGCGAUACCCGGAAUGGCCGACGAGACGAUACGGUCGCGUUUCGAUGUUGUGGGCUGUAUUGACCACCACGUCGACGAAGGGUAUGUGCCGGACGAUGCGGAUCCGAGGAUCGUGAGAACCGGUAUAGGAAGUUGUACGAGUCUUGUCGUGCAGCAUUUGAGGGAUGAGGGACUGUGGCCUUCGGGUUCGUCUUCCCAGGGCCGCGAGAGUGGCCGUGGGAAUGAAAAUAGGGAGGGAAGUGAGGUGGAUGGACUAACGCAGAUUGCCCGACUCGCCCUUGCGCCCGUAUUGAUAGACACGUCGAACCUCAAAGCCACUGGGGAUAAAUGCUCCGAUCUCGAUCGAGAGGUGGUCAAAUUUCUCGAAUCAUUCAUUGUGGAAGACAAUCAGGCACCGGCUCAAGAAAACCGUACGUCGGGUGGGAUGGAAGAACAUGGAUGGGACAGAGAUGCGUUCCACAGAGCGAUCAGCACGACAAAAACGAAUUCACUGAAUCUGUUGAAUAUGCAAGAGAUUUUUGAUCGGGACUAUAAGAGUUGGACUGAGCCACGGACGUCUUCUGAGGAGGAGGUCAACAUCGGGAUAUCGAGCCUCGUCAAGCCGUUGUCCUGGCUUGUCGAGCACGCGGGCGGGGUGGACAAAUUCCCUGACGAGAUCGAACGGUUUGCCAAAGACAAAGGGAGGGAGUUGGGUAUAUUUGCCAUGUUAACACGUGCGGGAGAUGGGAAGGAGGUCAUUGUGCUCGCGAUGGAUGAGAGUGUGAAGAGCGUCGUUGAGAAAUUCGAGGCACGCGCGGAGGAGCUGAAACUUCGAAAGUGGCAGGAGGAUGAAACGGUGAUAAAGGCCCUGAAUGGGCGGCUGGGAGAGAAAGGCGAGUGGAAGAUAUGGUGGAUGGGGGAUACGAGCAAGAGUCGGAAACAGGUUGGGCCGUUGAUCAGGGAGGCUGUCAAGAAUAUCUGAAUAAGGAGAUACAAGAGACGAGCAGCCGUGGAGGGCAGGUGACCGCCACGGUGGACAAAUGCCUCCUUGUCUACAAGAAUAUCUUCACCGCAGAAAUGAUGGAUCGGCCUUGAGGUUCUCCCACCUUGAUGGCUGGGUUGUCUCGUCCAACAUCUCACUUCUCGGCUUAGAAUAGUUGCUUUCAGCUCGUAGCGGGCUCGGAGCAACAGGUCAUCUGGCGCGAUGACUAUUCUAUCUUCUUCGCCAG